AUGGUGCAAAACAAAUUUGAUGUGCUAAACACUGUGGAGGAAGGUGAGAUACCAUGUACAAGUACAUCCAAAGCUGAGGGGGAGAACUCUAAUGCAAAUGGAAACAAGGAUGGUCAAAGUAAUCAGGUGGAGAAUAGGCUGAAUAAUGCAAAUACUACUCAUGUUUCCACACAAGGUCAGCUAUGUGAUCAGGAAGUUAUGCCAGACAUUAUUCAGGAAAAAGAAGUUCAUAGCUCACGGGCUGAUGAGGCGGAGGCAAAGGAAUUGAAUACAGGAGAAAGGCAAUAUGAAGAUGGAGAACAAAUUAAUAUUGAUGGAGACUCUAGUAAAAAGGACAGUGUGGAAGAUACAUAUCAUGGUGGCACCAAUACAGAUAAUGUGGAAGAAGGCACUAAUACAACAGAAAAGAGAACAAGUUUGAGGCAAGUAGAGAUUCCAGACAAAGAGGAGGUGGAAAAACAAACUGUUUAUCCAGAUCAUGAUGAACAUGUGGAUUUUGAUGAUACAGGAUUAGAUGGAGUAAAAGAGGCUACAGAGGGUUCUCCCUCAGUGACAAUUCAUAAUCCUGAGCAAAGAGAAGGAAAAGUGCAGGAAAAUGUUCAAUCGAUAGAGUCAACAGUAGUGGAUGUCACAAGUGACAAGAUGAAGGAGCAGGUGUAUAUGGAGCAAGAUGGUGAUCCACCAGAUCAUUCUUCCUCAGAAAAGGCAAUGGUGAUUUCACAUACUGACCAUCAACAGGUGACAUUUUGUAGAAAGUCUUCCCUAAUCAAAGAACUACAUGACCUGAUCUCUCAUAAUAUAGAUGGCUUGGAAGUAGAGGAGGAUGUCAGAGAUCUCCUUAAAGAAGACAAGGAGGAGAAUAUUAAGCAAAAUAAGUAA